AACGCAGGCAGCUUAUGCUCUUCUGUGUCAGCCGCAACCCAAAGAUGCGCUGUUUUCUUUCAAAUCAAAGCGUGAAUACACGUAAAAAAUGUAUCCUUGUGGCGCGGCUGACACAGAAGGGCAUAAGAUGCCUAAGCUUAACUUGUGUAAUUACAAGACUUGAAGUUAAACAAUUUUAUUAAGAAUCAUUUGAAGUUAAGGUUAAUUUAACCUUACAUGAUUAACAUAUCAUAUUUCAAAGGAAAGUCAGUAAAGCAAAAGAUGUCAGGAAAGAAAAAACAGUACUCAAAGGAGAAGUUAAAGGAGGCAGCUGAGGAAGUAAAGGCAGGAGCAAGUUUAAGGGCAACAGCAAAAAAAAAGGGCAUUCCCCACAUCACUCUACAGGACUAUAUAAAAAAUAAAUAUGUCCACACCCCUCAACCUAAUUUGGCCCUGACACCUGGAGAGGAAGAGGUUCUCCUUUCCUUUAUAUUCUGGAUGUCAGACCAUGGCUUCCCAGUUACUAGAUCCCUUGUCAAGGUGCUGGCUGUUGGGAUCAUUAAGGAGAGAGGCAGAACCGAGACCACCACUGUAAACCUCGAGAAGGGGCCAAGUGAUGUGUGGUGGUCCAGGUUCAAGGCCCACCAUCCAGAAUUGGCCUCAAGGACAGCAGAUUCCCUGGACAGAGCCAGAGGCCAUCAAAGCGUUCUUCAGAGUGUACGAGGCCCUUUAUGUGAAGCACAAGCUGGAGAACAAGCCUCUAUAACUGUGAUGAGACUGGCUUUGGAGAAGCCUUGUUCCAGGGAGAAGGUCCUGAGCCAGAAUGGGAGGAAACAUGUAUAUCAACAGCAGCAGACGACCAGGGAGCACAUCACGGUCCACUGCUGUGUGAAUGCAGCCGGGGACAGCAUUCCACCCUUCAAGGCUGGCAUCUGUCCUCUGUCCAGGGCUGCUGUGGACACAACCCAGUUGGUGAGAGUGCUCCCAUCUGCAGAUGGUAGUGAGGCCACACCAUCCAUCACGUCACCUACCGACACAUCAACCAUCACUCAAACACCUUGUCCCACCUGUAACUUUAAUAGAGUGGCUAACAAAAAUGACCUGAUGGUGGCAGCAGGUGUAAUUUCAGAGGGUCUGGCAUGGAGGAGAAGGUGAGGCAUCACAUUCUGUUGCCAGCCCAUGUCAUCACCAGCGACGAGUACUUUGACCUGCUGGUAAAGAAGAAAACUGAGAAGGAAGAAAAGAAAGUGCAAGGAAGAGAUGGCACAGAAGAAGGAGGAAAAGAGACAAGCCCAGGAGGCAAAAGAAUCAGGCACCUCCUCCUACUGAAGAUGGAGAACACUGCGCUCUCUGUCGUAGAGUGAUCUCACCUGGCUCAGGAGAUGAGCCAUUGACGAGUGGGUCCAGUGUGAUCUGUGCUAUUUGUGAUCCAUCUAGAGUGUGCAGAAGUGGAGGAACUGCCAGACACUGACUGGCUUUGCCAUAAAUGUUGUUUGUCCACAUAAAAACAUAUUACACACACAAUGUAAAUAGUGCACAUAGAAUAAACGUUAAUUUCUAGUUAUGGUAUUUUUUAAUCAGUUUACUGUUCAAUGUAAAUAGUUGUAAACACACACCUGCAUCCUGAUCAUUUAUGUUUUGAAGGUUUCACAUUGGUUAAUCAUUAAAUAUUUUGAAUCAGUUCAAAUUGUUUGCCCUUCUUUGUCCUCAGAAAGAUAUGGUAACGUUUCACAUGGUUUAUGCUCAACUCACAUGGCAUAAUUAUUAUCACGACACAAUCAGGCCUACAGUGCUUUGCAAAUGUAUGCAUUUUUUUUCACGUUUUAUGUUGCUGCCUUUUGUUAACCUGCUUUAAAUUACUUUUUUCCCCCACAUCAAUCUG